GCCAAAACGUCCCAAAAAAAUUAUUUUUUGGGAACUGGAUUAAACGUGACGAACCGCGACGGACCUCUGCGCGUUUUGAUCAGAACAUACCCUCACGUAUAAUGGCGACCAUGGACAUUGACAGCAGCUCUCCCCUUGCAGGUAACAAGGGCAAAGGAAAGCAAUUGAUGCCAGGAGACAAAGACAAUCUGCCAUGGGUGGAGAAAUAUCGGCCUGAAAAACUCGAGGAUCUCGUUUCGCAUGAGGAUAUCACAUCGACGAUCGAGACCUUCAUAGACGCCAAUCGCCUUCCACACUUGUUGUUCUACGGUCCACCAGGAACAGGAAAGACGUCCACGAUUCUUGCUUGUGCUCGAAAGCUAUACGGCCCAAAUCAUAAAUCCAUGGUUUUGGAGCUCAAUGCGUCUGAUGAUCGUGGUAUAGACGUGGUGCGAGAGCAAAUCAAAAACUUUGCUAGCACCCGUAAAAUAUUUAGUUCUGGCUUCAAAUUAAUCGUCUUGGAUGAAGCUGACUCCAUGACAUCUGCCGCACAGGCAGCUCUUCGUCGAGUGAUCGAAAAGUAUACGAAAAACGUUCGGUUUUGUAUCAUUUGCAAUUAUGUGAGCAAAAUCAUUCCCGCCAUCCAAUCUCGAUGCACACGGUUCCGGUUUGCUCCACUUGAGAUGGAUCAGGUCGAAGCACGAUUAGACCACAUCAUCCAAGAAGAAAAUGUUAAUAUCACACAGGAUGGCAAGGAAGCUUUGUUGAGGUUGUCGAACGGUGAUAUGCGUCGUGCGCUGAAUAUAUUACAGGCGUGCCAUGCAGCGUUUGAUCGUAUAGACGAUACCGCUAUUUAUACUUGCACAGGGCAUCCGCAUCCAAAGGAUAUUCAACGUAUCAUGGAUACCAUGAUGAACGAUGAUUUCACCACAGCCUAUUCAACGGUGGACAAGUUGAAGCGAGAAAACGGCUUGGCUUUGCAAGAUAUCAUAUCUGAAUUAAUUUUUUACUUUGAAAUGCUCGAGGUGCCCACCCAUGCCACUGUAUACCUACUAGCCGCUGUUGCUGACAUCGAAUACCGGUUGUCGUGUGGAGCCACUGAAAAAGUUCAGCUGGGAGCUUUGAUUGGCACUUUCAAGAUGGCGACGGAUAUUGCAGCUAGGAAUUGAGUGAGAGGGAUUCUAUAGUUUAGCAUCCUUACCAAUUCGCUCACGCACCCUGUUUAAACUAGACACCCGUAAUAAAAGAAGAUUCUGUACAGCCUUGGAGGUAACACCGACUGACCACAAGCUUAUCUGUUCCACAGCCUGACCUGACACUCAACGGAGUCAGGGGCAAAGGAGUAUAGACAUUCUUAAUCCAAGGUCGCAACCAAGUUAUGCGUAGAGAGAUUUUUUUUUAUUGCUGAUAAAAAAAGAUUAAUUUAAAAAUAAAGCGCGUGGAGAUCA